UGGCAUAGGUCCCAGAUGUAACCGGUCUAAACUGAUUCCCAACAAUCUAUGGUUAAAUUUUCAGAGUGAGCAUUUACUCCUCUAAAUUGGCAAAUAUUACCAAUCAGAGCUUAAUUUGUUGUUUUGUUUAUUGUUUAGACUUAAGAAAGUGAUAGAGAAAAUGAGAAUAAUGUAGUUUAUAAUGAAAAUGUUGAAAAUGUCUUUUUUUUUGGAGUUGGCUGUAAAACAUUUACCAUUACAACCCCUGAUCUUCCCUCUACCUCAUGAUCUCCUCUCCCAUGCUAGGCUGGCCCAUUUUCAGCAUAUAAUAGAAGGGAUUCCUAUCUAGGUAUGGGUUAGAUUAGAUGCACUCUCGAAGGUCCUUCCAACUCUGACUUUCUGUGAUUCUAAUUUUUGUGAUUCCUUCCAACUGAGUCAUCUUGUGUUUGAACAAAGUCUUUUAUUUAGAAGGAGGAAAAAAGCCAAUUUUGGGGUAAUGCUUGUUGAAGUGUCUCCGGGCACUGGACUCGUUCAGUUCUUAGUGAUGCCAGGCAGGGCUCACCCUAGGGACACAGCACUGGGGCUGUUGCCAGCCCUGCUUGAGCAGGAAAAUUUGGUUUGUCUUUUCAUCAAAGCCCCCAGAAGAACAUCAGGAACUCCCAUUGAGAGUAUUCCACUGAGGCUGAGAACUCACAGUUUCCUUAGAUAGGGUCAUGUAGCCACCUAUCAAGUCUUUAUAGCCCCAGCACUUGUCACAGUACCUGACACGCUUAAUAAAUGUUUGUUAAAUGAAUGAAUGAACGAAUAAACCAACGAAUGAACGGACGGACAAACGAACGAAUGAAUGAAUGAAUCAUUGCUUCCUGAAUUGAGCUGCUAGAUAGUUCGAUGAAGUCUUGGAGCAAAGUACCACUAUUCUGGCUGGUAAUCCCCCUGUGUCAUAUAGAAAGUACUGGGGUGGAUGUGAGAGGACUGCAAACAAUUGGCUACUUCUCCAGCCAGCGUGGCAGGGGCUCCUGAUGUCAUUUCCUUGUUGGAACAGCAGAAGACUGGCGGGAACAGGGCCCAGAGUUGGACUCUGAUCUGUGUUUCAUCAUCACAAGAGGCACACUUAAGUCUCUCGUUGGUUGAUGGUAAUUGCCAAAGCUUCUCUUCCUGGUCAGAACCUUUAAUUGAUUUAGAUAAUUAUUGGACUAUAAUUGUUCUAUUAGCCACAAUUGGGGGCAACAGCCAUCCCAGCUGCAGUAAAUACCUAGCUCCUGUGUUCUUGGUUUGAACUUGAAAUCCCGGAAGACCCAGAGAGCAAUGUACUUUUAGGGGGUUUUGUUUGUUUUUUGUUGAAAUAAAUAAAAGGUCAAGAAUGAAGACGUCCAGACUUGAGAUCCCUAUCCCUGAGCUGAACAGGUUCUCCUGCAUGAAAUUAGAUGGAUAUCAGUAUUUCUCAGUCAUUCAUCAACCCCAUUUCAGGGUUGUAAAUAAGCUCAUUGCACAAUCUGCAAACUGCAUGGAGGCACUUAGCCUGGGAGCAGCUGGGUCUUGGAGGUGUUUGCUCAUAACCUUUUCUCUCACCACACCCGGAGGCUCUUGGGAGGAGCUGAUGUUUGAACUGCUCUGCCAAGAUGCUCUCUUUGUCAGGACUGGGGCUCUGCUGCCUUCCUGGGUCCUGCCACAUCCUUCUCACACAGCUCGUGGGUACACGGGGAGGGAAACGGAUCUCUUCUCUCAGGGACAUGGUGCGUAGGAUUUCAGGGGGAGAUUUAAGCUGUGGCCUCUCCCAGAGAGGCCUUGAUGGGUACAUCCUGCAUUUGGGGAAUGUAGGACCUCGCUGUUGAUGCCUCAGGCGCUGGGAAGAUGGAUAGACCUCGGGUUGGCAGAGUAUUCAAACUCUUCAGUCCUUGGCAGCCCCGAAGAUCAAGAUGGACAGUUCCUGCUGAGGAAGCCCAAGGAGAAGGCAAAAAAGAAACAGAAGAGAACAUCCGAGAGGCCUCCCUGUCUAACUACUCAGGGGGACCACACUUUUUUGAAUAUCUCUUUGUGGUUUCUCUCAAAAGAAACCAUUCAGGGCAUGAUUAUGAGCCCACUAUAACCUACCAGUUCCCAAAGCGAGAGAACCUGCUCCGGGGCCAGCAGGAGGAAGAGGACCGACUGCAUGGGGCCAUUCCCUUGUUCUGUUUCCCUGAUGGCAACGAGUGGGCGCCUCUCACUGAAUAUCCCAGGGAAACAUUUUCUUUUGUUCUGACCAACAUGGAUGGGACCAGGAAGAUUGGCUACUGCAGACGACUCUUGCCCGCUGGCGGUGGCCCCCGGCUCCCGAGAGUGUACUGCAUCAUCAGCUGCAUCGGCUGCUUCAGCUUGUUCUCCAAGAUCCUGGACGAGGUAGAAAAGCGGCAUCAGAUUUCUAUGGCUGUGAUCUAUCCAUUCAUGCAGGGUCUUCGGGAGGCUGCCUUUCCUGCCCCUGGGAAGACAGUCACCCUCAAGAGCUUCAUCCCUGAAUCUGGGACAGAGUUCAUCUCCCUGACACGACCCCUGGACUCCCGCUUGGAACAUGUGGAUCUUCGCUCUCUGGUGAGAUGCCUGAGUCAUGAGCACAUCCUACAAAUCUUUGCCUCUGCAGUCCUGGAAAGAAGAAUCAUCUUCCUGGCAGAGGACCUCAGCACGCUGUCCCAGUGUAUCCAUGCUGCUGCCGCACUGCUCUACCCCUUCAGCUGGGCUCACACCUACAUCCCCGUGGUCCCUGAGAGCCUUCUGGCCACCGUCUGCUCCCCUACUCCCUUCAUGGUUGGAGUCCAAAAGCGGUUUAUUCAGGAAGUUCUGGACAGCCCCAUGGAAGAGGUUCUGCUGGUGGAUCUGUGUGAGGGCACCUUCUUAAAAUCAGUUGGAGAUGAAGGGGAUGUCUUACCCCAGAAGCUGCAGAAUGACAUUUUGUCUUCUCUUGCCCAGGGGAAUAAUGACUUGCAGACUUUGGAGCAGGUCAACGAGCACGUCUCAGGCCCCUUCGUGCAGUUCUUCAUCAGGACUGUGGGCCACUAUUCCUCCCACAUCAAGCGGGGACCAGAUGGGCAAGGCAAUUUCCAGGAGAGAGCUUUCUGUAAGGCCCUGAGCUCCAAAGCAAGCCGCCGGUUUUUGAAGAAAUUUGUAAAGACGCAGCUGUUCUCCCUUUUCAUCCAGGAAGCAGAGAAGAGCAGGACACCCCAUGCAGGGUACUUUCGACAGAAAAUCACUGAAUACGAGGAACAGAAGAAACAGAAGAAACCGAAGGAACCGAAGGAGCCGAAGGAAAAGACAGUGAAAUAAGUCAUGUGGGUGGCAAGGAGUGACUCAGCCUGCAGCCCAGCUCUGCCUGCAGUGGACUUGGACUCUGUCCUGAGCCAGAGUUGGUUUCGUCUCGGGACCCCAGGAUGGUCAAGGACCUUUGGCAGCCAAACCCUGUUUCCAGCUGGUACUUGGAACUAGUGCCUCAGUCUUUUCCUGGGAGCUCUGACCCCUUGUUUUCUGCAAGGGGUGCCAAACUGGGCAGUGAUUAGGCAAUAGCCGCUGUGACCUCCCCCGCACUGGGUAUUCUCUGUCCUAGAAAUUCUGAACCUGGUGCUUUGCUCCUUGCUUAGGGAUGACGAUUCUCAGUGCUCAGUACUAGAAGCAGAGAUCAGCUCUCACCCAGAGGUCCAAACCUUUAACAAAACCAAACCUGUGAGAAUGUGAAUAAAGGUAGAAAAUGUUUGUGUUAUU